ACGGUUAAUACCGUUUGACAAUGUUUUGAGUCCCACGAAAGGGUCUUAAAAAAACCCCCCAAACUUCGCAGCUCUCCGGUGGCGUUGUGAGCGAGUGGACCGCGUCCGUAUCACAGAACAGGCCAGGAAAGCCUUAGGGGGUGUGGCGAAUCUGCCGCAGUAGAACGUCUGGCGGAAGUGCUGGUGGGGACGCCGCCGUAGCGGAAGGGGAGGCCCAAGGCCAGUCCGGGGCAGCGGGACCAUGGCGGCGGCAAGCCGGGCUCCCGGCUCUCCGGGCACGGCGCCCGAGGCGGCUGCCGACGCCCCCCUCCAGUACAGCCUGCUCCUGCAGCACCUGGUGGGGGACAAGCGGCAGCCGCGGCUCCUGGAGCCCGGCGUCCUGGGCGGCAUCCCGAGCCCAGCCAAGAGUGAGGAGCAGAAGAUGAUCGAGACGGCCAUGGAGAGCUGCGCCUUCAAAGCCGCCCUGGCCUGCGUCGGGGGAUUCGUCUUGGGAGGAGCAUUUGGGGUGUUCACUGCUGGCAUUGAUACGAAUGUGGGCUUUGACCCAAAGGAUCCAUACCGAACACCAACUGCAAGAGAAGUUCUUAAAGAUAUGGGACAGAGAGGACUGUCCUAUGCUAAAAAUUUUGCCAUUGUCGGGGCCAUAUUUUCCUGUACUGAGUGUCUGGUGGAAUCAUAUCGGGGAAAAUCUGACUGGAAGAACAGUGUCCUCAGUGGCUGCAUCACUGGAGGAGCUAUUGGCUUUAGAGCUGGUUUAAAGGCCGGGGCCAUCGGCUGUGGAGGCUUUGCUGCUUUCUCUGCCGCCAUUGAUUAUUAUUUACGAUGAGAGGAGCUUCUCCUGGGGGAGAGCCCAGCACCUCACAGGGCCAUGCAGUGCAGGAGGCUGCCUUCAAGGACUUUGUCAGACCGGGCGUCUGAAAGCUCUCCUUAAGUGGUGGGUGACACUAGUGGGCUGUUGGCCCCCGCCGCCCCAACUUCCUGAGCAGCUCCACUGGGCUGUUCCCAGGGGCUGGCAGCUCUCAGGAUGAUUCCCAGUCCUUCUCGGACUCUACGAGCUUGAUGGAGAGGAAAGCCACAGAAUGACCCCUUCGAAAAGAUCAGGAACCAUUUGGUGACUUCACAACUGUCCAGCUUGCCUUUAUUACACUGGAAAUGGAUGUUCUUUACUACCCUAUGUUGGGAUAUCCCCAGAUCCCCUUAUUUGAGGGAAGGGGGAGGAGGGUGUAGGGAACAAAGUAAAAGUUACUUGUUCCUUCUAGCCUGUUCUGUGGCUAGGGAAUGGUUCCAUCCUGUUGGCCAUCCUUGCUGUGGAAAUUGUAUAUUUAAAUACAGUUUGAAAAGACAAAUUUAACGGUCUUUUCUCUUUUGUCCAACUCUGCCCAAUCAGGGCUCAGGUGCCUGUCAUGUGGUCCCAAAGGAAAGGAGGUAGGAAAUUCUGGCUGAAAUUAGGCCCGCGGGUGCACACGGGGAUGUGUCUGUUGUUGGAGAACACUGUAAACAUUCUCACUGAGUGUGUUCUUGUGACUCAUGGAAUCCGCUAUGACUAAUGAAGAAACCCAAACCUUUUGGCUUACUGACAGGCAUGUUUCCAAUUGGCUGAGAGGGAUUAGCUUGGUGCUCUUAUUCCCUGACAUUGCCUUAAGGAGACGGGUAUGACCGCUG